AUGAAAACUUUGAUAGUCCAAGUUGUGUUCUAUGCUAUUGUCAUAAACAGCGCACCAACUGAUGAAGAUGAACAGUCCAACGAUUUAGAAAACUUCUUGUACGAGGACAGAGACGGCAACGUUCAAGUAGAGUAUCUCAAACUAGAUACUCCUGUAAAACUCAGGUCCUCCGCGUCCGAUGUAACAUAUUUUUUCUUCAGUAAAACUAACUCUGACAGUGGCGUAGAGAUUCACAACAACAAUGUAGAGAAAUUGGCCACGACAUCAUUUACACCAAAACGAGAAACUAUUUUUGUCGUCCAUGGAUGGUUGGGAAGCUAUGAAUCAGAUGUUAACUCACUAGUCAGAGAAAAUAUGUUAAAGAACCACGAUGUUAACAUAUUUGUCGUCGAUUGGAGUCCAAUUGCCUCAGAUCAAUACAUAUUUGCACAGAGUCAAGUGAGAAGGGUUGGAGAGUAUGUAGCAGAUUUCGUUAGAUCCCUGAUUAAUGAAUACAGUUUACAACUUGAUAAGUUGACAUUUGUAGGUCAUUCCCUUGGUGCUCAUGUCUGUGGAAAUGCUGGAGCUGCCUUGAAUGGCCAGGUCGAUACAAUUGUUGGUUUAGAUCCAGCUGGUCCUCUUUUCAUAGCGUCCUACAAAGACAACCGUAUAGACAAAGACGACGCAAUAAACGUCCAAGUCAUCCACACCAAUGGAGGAACAUACCCGCAGCGGGGAUAUUAUGAUCCAUGUGGAGAUUCUGAUUUCUAUGCUAAUGGAGGACAAUCGCAACCAGGUUGUAGAGGUAACAGUUCCGAAAGCUGUUCUCACGCUCGGGCAUACGAAAUAUAUGCUGAAUCGCUUACUAGCAAAGAUUUUGUUGGGCAACGAUGCAAUAGCUACUCAAACUAUGAGAAGGGUAAAUGUGACGGACCAAAAGCCAGCAUGGGAAUGUUCCAAAUUGAUAAAAAUGCUUCUGGUUCCUACUACCUUAAAACCAACAGUCAGUCCCCAUAUGCUCGAGCUUAA